CUCCGGAGCAGAGCCAUGACCGGACCAAACUAUAGCCUGGUUUUCGCUGUUUGCCUGGCACUGUCUGGCACAUGUGCAAUUGGAUACAAGAUCGUGGAUGGAAAUGAGGCUACAGCCCAUAGUAGACCGUACAUGGUGGUCUUGAGAAUAAAUGGAACUUCCAGGUGUGGAGGGUUCCUCAUUCGUCGGAAUGUUGUUGUGACAGCUGCCCACUGCGAUGGACUGAUAAUCAGAGCAUAUGUUGGGAUUCACUCACGCUCUAGAGAUGCAGGACCAAAUCAAGGAAUACUUGUGCAGCACAAAUUUUAUCCCAAUCCAAAUUACACUCUCCCAAGUCGUGAAAAUGAUAUCAUGCUGCUGAGGCUGAGUCAGGAUGUGACAUUUAGUGCAAAUGUGCAGUUAAUCCGGUAUGCAAGCCGUGCAACUGUUUUGGCACCUGGAACUCACUGCUCUGUGGCAGGUUGGGGUACAACAUCUAAUAAUUCAGCAUCAAGUGACGUGCUGAGAGAAGUGCAAGUAGAUAUUUUGAACAGAACUAAGUGUGGAAGAAGAAUUCUAACCAACAAAAUGAUCUGUGCAAGAGGCAAUGAUAGAAAGGGAACCUGCCGAGGUGACUCUGGUGGUCCACUGGUAUGUAGAGUUGGCAAUGUGGACACAGCUGUUGGGGUCGUGUCUUUUUUAAAACCUGGUAAUUGUGAUGAUCCCAAUCGCUGUGAUGUUUACACCAAGGUGUCCGAGUACCAGACCUGGAUUGACAAUGUUUUGAAUCGGAUCCCACCCUAAUUUAUGAAAACAUCUGUGCCUCAGAGAUUCAGUUUCCUGUGAUUAUUCCAUUUAAAGUGAUAUUUGAAGCUUAGCUAAACAGACAAGCAGAAAUCUGUUUUUAAACUACAGCUAUGAGCGCAGCAGCACACAGCAGUAAAACAUUUCACUAACUCUGGAUUUAAUAUCAUGAUGGGCCUGGCAUUUGUUCUAUCCUCAAAGUAAUUUAUCCCAUAUAGUCCCAUGGCUAGUUUGAAUAUUUUUUGAUGCUUACAAACUAAUUGGUCCCACACAUUUUUAUUUUGUGUGGAUGCUGGUCACUUCAAAGAAUCAGCCUGCAAAAAGGAUUUGUAUUUGCAGACCUUAGUGUUUAUAAUAGAAGAAGGGCAACAAUAGAUUGGAAAUGGUGCAUGAAUAGUGUCAAGAGAAACAACUAUAAAACAAUCCAUAAAGCUAAUUGCAGCAUCAUUUCUGCUUUUGUCUUAACAAAUCUGUUAAUCCACAGACUCAUCUGGCACUGUGAGCUCUACUUUCAAACAUGAAGGGGUUAAUGUGAUAGUAGGAGUCUGAAGCUUUUGUACUUUGCUGCUUCUUAUUGCUUGAAUAAAACGUUAUUUGAAAGCAA